GUUAUGCACGAAUCCUCAUGUGUGGUGCAACAAAUAAAAGUUAGAGAGAGAAACUCAAACAUUUGAGAGAGAGAGGGAGAGAGAGGGGUGCAAAACCUUGCACAAACGAGAAGAAACUCAACUUUAAUAUCCCCUCAGCCCUCUUCUUCUUCAAAUUCUUGUAUACUUUCCUGUUGUUAAGUUGAUCUAUGAGGAUCAGGAAGCGUUUUGCACCGUCUUAUUUUUCUUCGGAGCCCCUUGCAGAUCUCCAUCUCAACCAAUCACUGUCAAAUGGAAAUCAAGCGAAGUCCAAAUCCGAUCAGCCCUCAAAUCCUCCACUGCAGCCUUCUGACCAAAAUAUGGUGAUAAUCAAAUGGGCACUGCACCCUAAUGCUGCUAUAACUGGAGAGCGAAAGGAAAUGGAAAGUGGGGAGGAUGAAGAGAAGCCCAGCAGUGAUGAUAUCAGGAACGCAAGAAUUUUAGUUCAAGAAGUAGAUAUCAAGUUUCUGCAGCCAUCUUCUUCUUCUGAUCCCGCAGAUGGGAGAUGGAGAGAAGAAGAUAAAAUAGUUCCAUUGAAGAAACGAAAAGGAACCCUGAAUAGAUGUGCCAGCAAUGAGACAUUGACGAAGGCGAGGAUGAAAUCGAAGACAAAUAAAAAAUGCGUGCAAGAAAAAGCUGAUCAUGAUGGAAAUUAUUGUCCGAAUAAGAAGAGGGGAAAUUUUAUAUUGGAGGGAUCCCGGUGCAGUCGAGUUAACGGGAGAGGAUGGAGAUGCUGCCAACCGACCCUAGUCGGCUAUGCAUUGUGUGAGCAUCAUUUGGGAAAAGGGAGGCUUAGAAGCAUGACCAGUGUUCGUAAAAGCUCUAAGAGUGCACCAGUGGAAGUCCCAUCUUCUACUGAGACUACUCGAUCGAUGUCAUCUCUCUUGUGUGCCUUAGAUGUGGAAGACUCGAAAGGAUUGGAAGAAACUGAAAAUGAUGACGAGAAGAAACGAGUCAAGUUCACGAAGAAGAAAACAAAGGUUGGUAUGGUGAAAGCUAGAUCAAUUAGCAGCUUGCUUGGCCAAAUUGAUAGCAAAAGAUGAGUAUAAUUUCAUGUAGAAGAAAUUUGAAUUAUGUUGAAGAUUUCAAGAUGAAUUCGAAUAUGUUUUUGCUCUUUCUUUUGUGUGUUUAACUCUAGCUAUAAAUUGUUAAUCUGUGUCA